GCAGGAUUUGUGCUGCAAGCAGGACGGCGGCGCGUCGUCCGCGACGGAUAACUACAUGGUGAUUGGUCGGGACACGAAGCAAUGGCGGGCGUGCCUCGCGCUCAUACAGGGAGACGACACGUGUGAGAUGCCGCCGCUAAGCAACCCGAAAACCCAGAAACCGUUACAACUCUACGCGCCGCUACAACCCCCGCCCCUAGCUGACAGCCAGCAACAACAGCAGCAGACGCCACAGACGCCGUCAUCGUCAUCAUCGUCGUUGUCCACGACAGCAUCGGCAGCAACAACGGCCGCGAGUUGCGUUGGAUUCGUGCCGAGACAGCGGCUGCUCAUACUGACGGUGCGGGACAAGCAGGUGAGAGAUUACAUCAUGCUGUCGUGCGUUACAUCAUGUUGUUACACGUCAUUACAUCAUGUUGCUCAUCCUGACGGUGCGGGACAAGCAGGUGGCAGCACUUACCAGCCUUGA